GGUAUGUGGCUGUUAUCUAUAAAUUGUCCUCACGUUCACAAACAUUUUUGUUAUCGUCAGUGAACUUCAGACUGUUGGAUUUAUAUUUAUGACAAUCUGGCCGCCCCCCCGUUAUACCCCCGUUGUAACUAGCGGCGCGUCGCCACUCAUCAGUUUUACCGGCUUUCUCCCGCUGUGAACAUCAAGAUGAACAAGUUAUCUGUUAUUACGAGAGCCUUUUCUAGCUCCUCCUCUUUAAAUGCGGUGAAAACGGUCACCGUCGUCGGCGGAGGGUUGAUGGGCUCGGGUAUUGCUCAGGUUGCAGCUCAAGCAGGGCAGAAUGUCACCAUAGUGGACCUAAAACCAGAGCUACUGGAGAAGGCUCAGAAGUCCAUUCAGCAGAACCUUACCCGAGUUGCCAAGAAAGUCCACAAGAAUGAUGCAGCUAAAGUGGAAGCAUUUGUCCAGGAUGCUGCCGGCAGAAUUAAGGUGUCCACAAAGGUCGAGGAUGGCGUGAACGCCGACCUGAUUAUCGAGGCUAUUGUGGAAAAGCUGGAUGUCAAGCAGGAACUCUUCAAUAAGCUGGACUUGUUGGCGCCCGAACACACAAUCCUGGCCAGUAACACCUCUUCGAUAUCAAUCAAUGCUAUCGGUGCAGGCAUUAAGAGGAAAGAUAGAUUCGGCGGUCUCCACUUCUUCAACCCCGUCCCAAUAAUGCGCCUUCUAGAGGUCAUCAAAGGCGAUCACAUCUCGGAGCAGACCUACCAGACCAUGAUGGAGUGGGGCAAGUCCAUCGGCAAGACCUGCAUCACCUGCAAGGACACGCCUGGCUUCGUGGUCAACAGGCUGCUUGGACCCUACAGCGCUGAGGCGCUGAGGAUGUAUGAAAGAGGUGACGCCACAGCCGAAGACAUAGACAAGGGCAUGAAACUCGGCUGCGGCUACCCUAUGGGCCCUCUCGAGCUCUCCGACUACACCGGCUUGGAUACCAAGAAGGCCAUACUAGCGGUCAUGUUGGAGGCGACCGGUGAUCCCAUAUUUAGGCCCAUACCAGUGUUGGACCGGCUGGUGGAACAAGGCAAGUUUGGUCGGAAAACUGGAGAAGGGAUUUAUAAAUAUGAGCAGUAGACUACCCGAUGGACCCCCUCUAGCUCUCCGACUAUACAGGCUUGGAUACCAAGAAGGCCAUACUCAUGCGGCCACAGGCCAUUUUAGUGGUCAUGUUUGAGGCGACCGGUGCUCACAUAUUUAGGUAGAUACCAGUGUUGGACCGGCUGGUGGAACAAGGCAAGUUUGGUCGGAAAACUGGAGAGGGGAUUUAUAAAUAUGAGCAGUAGACUACCCGAUGGGUCCUCUCGAGCUCUCCGACUACACUGGCUUGGAUACCAAGAAGGCUAUACUAGCGGUCAUGCAGGCAACCGGUGAUCCCAUAUUUAGGCCAAUACCAGUGUUUGACCGGCUGGUGGAACAGGACAAGUUUGGUCGGAAAACUGGGGAGGGGAGCAAUAAAUAUGAAAAGUAUAGUCUAAACUAACUUUGCACUGACUUGAAAUCAAAGUGUGGGAGGGACAUUAUAAACGUCAUAUUUUAUAGACAUUUGACAUUAAUGAUGACAUUCCACACUUUGUAGUGACAAAGUGCAAAGUUCAGAGUUAGCUUGGUCUGAUUCUAGAACGUUAAAAAAUCUGAACAGGAUGCCUAGCCAAGGUGACAAUCUUUUGCGCUACGCCAGCGAAACGCUUGUGUGUCUCUAUCACUUCUAUAUUAGUGCGACAGUGAUAGUUGCGUUUCGUUCGCUACGGAGUGUAAACGACUGGCAUGUUGGCUACGCACGCAAACUGUAAUUAUUGUUACAUGUUAUAUUAAUUUCUAGUCUAGUUUUGGACAAAUUGGUGAAGGGGGGAAAAUGGGGGAGGGUAUUCAUAAGUUACGUUCAAAGGGUAUGUUCGUAAGUAGUUAUAAAGUUAAAAUUGAUCGCUCAAAAUUAUAUAAUCAUUUUUUGUUUGUUUUUUUUUUUGCUUAGUCGGUAGAAUGGAUUUAAAUUUCUUGUAAAAUAAUUGAAAAGGCCAAGAAUUGUUUUUCAGUUGUAAUCUCGUUGGAUAAAAUAUUGAUUGUAUUCCUAAAUAAUGUUUAUUAUAAUAUGAAUUCAAUAGUCAUUGUUAUGUGUUAUUUAUGUUGCUUAAUUACUGUAAUCCCGAAUUGUUAUUUUAGAAAUUUUCCCACAGUUUUGUUGCUAAUAAAUACUUACAAAUGUUAAA